AUGUCGAAAAGGCCAGUUCAAUGGAAUGAUCAGGUAGAUCUUGUGUCAUCAGAUGAUGAAGCAGCAGAUAUGGAGGCAGAUGGUGGUUCUUCUGGGCAAAAGCAAACAACAUAUGUUUUUAACUAUCAGCCUGCCGAUGAAAAACCUUCUGAAGAUAGAAUGGUGAGAAGGGCAAAGAUGUAUCAGGAGUACAUGAAGAAGGUCCCCGUUCCAUGUCAACGUGGCUCAAUCAUUCUAUGUAAUUCGUGGAUGGGAUUGGCGAAAUCAAUAAAGGAGCUAUAUGGGCAGCCACUACACUACCUGACAAACAUUCUCCUAAAACAGUGGGACCAAGCGAGAUUUGAAACCGGUGAAGAUUACCAGCCGUUGGACACCAUUAUUCAUCCUCUUAAAGCAGAAGCAACCAUCUGGUUCGUGGAGGAUGUCCAUCGCCGCACAGCUUCAUACCAUCAAUUGUCAAAACUCUGGCUGGGAGAUCCAGUGCACCAUGCUUUCAUAGAUCCUAUCUUCCCUAAAAUAUGA